AUUUUUCGGUGCACACCACGUCAUCGCACAACCCGUGACAGAACCGAGUGGAAGUAAAUAAACUCUAGGGUUUGUUGUGAUUGUAGGAGAAUGGACGACCAGGAAAUGCAGGUGAAAGUAAAGCGAGUGACGGAUAAGUUCACGGAGAGCAUGUACGUGCUGGCGAAUGAACCGUCCAUAGCGCUGUAUCGCCUGCAGGAGCACGUGAGGAGGUCACUGCCCGAGCUGGUCCAGCAUAAGACAGACAUGCAGAGCUGGGAAGAACAAAGUCAAGGGGCAAUUUAUACUGUUGAGUAUGCCUGCAGCGCAGUAAAAAGCAUGGCCAACAGCAGUCUAUAUUUUAAAAACAUAGACGGAUUGCUAAAGCAAGCCAUCGCAACAAAGGAACAGAUCAGCGGUGCUCAAGGACGAAGUGACUCUCCAUCACACGACUCUACCACAUCAUCAUGACAAAUGGAAGCCCUUAAGCAAGGAAAAGGACUAUGGAUCCUGGAAUAACAAGAGACACUUGCGAGAAGCAGAGUUCUGGCAUAUGAAGUACAGUUAGGAGUCUGUUGAAAGGACUAUUUCAAAAGUGAACCUCGCUUCGUCUGAAUGUGACGGCCUCUUGCAUUGCGACUCUGGCAACUCGACAGAGCUUUGUGAGGAGUGAAUGUGAAUGCUCUGCCAGGUUCUCCAUUACAGUGCUUCGUCCAGUGUGUGAAGGAAAGGAUUGUUCUAAGUCUCAUGUAAAUAUAUUCAAGUAGCUUUAUACUGUAUUGUACAGUGCCACUGCAUUACAAUGUGUUAUUUUUAAGCUUAUCUCAUAUGUUGCCUAAAUGCACUUUUUAAAACUAAUUUAACUUUUGUCUGUAGUAUGUAUGUAUUUUAAUCAUUAAAAUAUGACCACAUAAUUA